AUGAGGAGGAGGUUAAGGAGAAAGUCAUCGGCAGCAGAUCUUCUAAUUGCGCCGCCGUCGUUGGCCGCGACUCCGAAUCGAUCACUGACUGAAUCUCCGAAGAUUUUCAAUUGCAGUUCAAGCUGCUUCAAUACACCUACGAAUUCCUUCUCGUCUCUAAAGGAGGACAGCAGAAGCAACAACAACAGCAGCAAAAAACCUGCUGCAGAGCCGCCUACCUCAUCAUCUCCGGCGCCGGCGAUGUCUUCACUGAAUAAAGCAAGCAGCAGGAUCGCCGAUCUGAAGGAAAUGGCAUCGUCACGCAUUGAUUCGAUUAAGCGUCAGAUCGAUUGCUCUUAUAUCGGUAUACUCAAGGAUAUGGAAGUGUCUCACUCUCGCCUACACAAACGAUAUAAGGUCCAAAACCAAGCAUGUGAACAAUCAAUGGAUGAAGCUGAAAAGGAUUUCAAGAAGAUGAUUGACCACAUUAGGGAAACUCAUGACGCACUGGAAGCAUCGUAUAUGGAUCUGAUAGCAGAAGCACAGGCCCGAGCUACUCGUCGUAUGUCCUAA